AUGACUAAGAACUCCAUCGACAAACGGGACUUCGACGCAAAUCGCCCACUGCUUCAAGAUACAGACACAGAGCAAGAUGACCGAAGUCCAGUAUCUGCACACGGACCUAGAUCUCGACAUUCGCGCAAUUCCGGGUCAAGGAGCGAUGACGGGCUGUUGAACGAGGUUGUCGGCGAACUCGUCGAACGGGACCGAGCGAAGAUACACAAGGAGGUCGUACGUGUGGUGAGUUUUGGAUGGGGUGUUAUAACCUGCUUGGGCGCUGGCAGUAUUACGGCCUUCUCAUUAUAUGGCCACCUGCUGCUCACGCGUCUGCAAUAUUCACAGCUCCAGGUGAACAUAGUUUCGAUCGCUGCAGAAGUCGCUCUUUACAUCAACGCCCCACUCUUCGGUUACUUGUGUGACCGGUAUAGUCCGUCGCCGUUGUCUUUGUUCUCUGGGACGCUCUUCUGUGUGGGAUAUCUACUUGCGGCGUUGACGUACCAGAGUGGUCCGCCUGUUGAGGCAGGUGGAUCUGGAUGGCCAUUUGGGUUCAUGGUUGUGGCAUUCAUAUGCAUUGGGAUGGGAACCUGCUGCAUGUACCUUGCUGCUCUGGCUACAUGUGCGAAGAACUUCGGCAGAGGCAAGCACAAGGGUAUUAUGCUGGCUGUCCCCAUUGCUGCAUUUGGACUGAGUGGUAUGUGGCAAAGCCAAAUCGGAACCUAUCUGUUCUAUGAAGUUCUCCCAGAUGGAAGUCAUGGAGAUCUUGAUGUUUUCAGGUACUUUGUGUUCUUGGCCAUUCUGCUGCUGGUCAUUGGUGUUAUCGGGACAUUUGCCUUGCGCAUUGUUGAAGAUGACGAUGACUAUAUUGACGAGACCGUUGAAGAGUUGGAACGCAGUGGUCUAUUGGAAGAGAGUGAUUUCUUCCGCCCUCGAGAUGGCAGUCGCUCAGUAGCCGAAUAUGGGACGUUUUCCGAGGCUUUUGAUCAGGAGAGCGCGACCCUUUCCGACGAAGAGCGUGAACAGAAAAGGCUGGAGCGCGAGCACGAAGAGGAAGAGCGCCGAAAGAAGAAUUGGCUUCUCAACUAUGAGACCAGGAUUUACCUGAAGGACCAUACUAUGUGGUGGCUGGCUGCUGGUUUCUUCCUAGUCACUGGCCCCGGUGAAUCAUAUAUCAACAAUCUCGGCACAAUCAUCCCAACUCUAACACCUAUGUCUUACUCUGGAGGCACACCACCUGCCGGGUCUGCCUCAACCCACGUAUCUAUCGUAGCCUUGACCUCGACAAUCGCUCGUCUCAUCACAGGCUCUCUCUCGGACAUAUUUGCACCGCCAACUACCCACCUCUUCCCUCCACUUCCAGAGGGCGCGCGCCACCGACAUCAAGACCCGGCCACCUCUGGUCUGACUCUAUCUCGAAUGAUUUUCCUCCUUCCAUCGGCCAUUCUUCUCUCCUUGGGCUAUUUGAUCCUGGCAUCCCCACUCCCACUCGCACACCCGGCCAUCUUUAACCUUACGACUGCUCUUAUCGGCUUAGGAUACGGCAGUGCCUUCUCCCUCAUACCCAUCAUUAUUUCUGUCGUCUGGGGUGUAGAGAAUUUUGCUACGAACUGGGGUAUUGUGGCCAUGAUGCCUGCCCCCGGGGCUGCGUUCUGGGGUAUCGUUUACUCAGCUGCCUAUCAAAAUGCCAUGGAUCUAGGGGAUGGAGAGGAUGGACAAUGUCAUGGCUGGCGAUGCUAUGGUUUCUGGGCUGUCGGCUGUACCAUCAGCGUUUGGAUUGCCGUUGCCGCUUGGCUGGCUGCUUGGGUGGGGUGGAAAAAGAGAGGAAUUGUUGUUUGA